AUGGGAGUGACAGGUUGGGGCGAGAUUAAUAACAUGGAAAACGAUGUUACCUGCCGCCUCGCAGAAUCCCUCUCGGAAAUCAUUAUCGGCGAAAACCCGACUCGCAUUGAACAUCACUGGCAACGACUGUUUCGCGCCCACCGCAACAUCCGCGGCGGCGGAUUGAUGGUGCAUACCAUCUCCGCAAUUGACAUGGCGUUAUGGGACAUCGCCGGCAAACUCUGGAACGUUCCCGUCUACCGUCUCCUCGGUGGUCCAUGCCGCGACAAGGUCUGGAUGUACCCAAGUCCCAAAGCCAUCAAGACAGGUCCCGGCGGUUCCAAACCGUUUGCAGGAACGCCAGCAGAGAUCAAAGAGCUAGUUCAAAAGGUACGGGACGCUCGUGAACAGGUUGGACCCGAUGGGGCUGUGAUGUUCGACGCGCAUAGUUGUCUGCCUCCCCCUAUUGUGAAACAAUUUGCUAGCUACCUAAAAGCCGAUGAUCUGCUUUUCUUGGAAGAAGCGUGGGUUCCCGGUAACAUUGAGGUAAUGCGGAAGAUUCGCGAAUCGGUCCCCGUUCCGCUCGCAACAGGGGAACGCGAUCGGACUAUCUGGGAAGUUCGUGAAAUCCUCGAAGCACAGGUAAUUGACAUCCUGCAACCAGACUGUGGGCAUGGCGGUGGCAUCAGCCAAAUGAAAAAAGUAGCAGCCCUCGCAGAAGCCCAUCACGUCCCAAUCGCACCACACUGUACAAUGUCACAUCUCGGCUUGACUGCUAGCCUACAUGUGGCAGCAUCUGUCCCGUUUUUCUUGAUUCAUGAAGGCUACAAAGGUGUCUUGCCGGAAAGUGUGGCGCGGAAGACAUGGGAGAUGGACGAGGAAGGCUACGUAUCGCUACCAGAGGGUCCCGGCUUGGGCGUUGAGGUUGAUGAAGCGUCGGUGAUUGAGACCGGAAAAGACGCCGAGCGUAAGUUCACCUGGCCCGACAGCCGAUUGAAAGAUGGCUCAGUCGCAGAUUAUUAG